ACUGAAUACGGGUCCAAUGGCGGCAGACUGCGAGGAUGGAUCCGCCUUCUAUCGAUAUUUGUCGGCCCUAGGCUCGGAAUAUGAGAAAAUGAUCCAAGAGAACAUGGCUUUACGAAAGCUACGAAAGGAAGGGGAGCUGACAGAGCCUGAGAAAUCUGAGAACGCGAAAGCGGAAGGAGCUCUACACGGUGACCGACACGGUGAAGCGCACGACGGAGCGCACGACGGAGUGCAAGCUGCAGGAGACAGAGCGGAAGGCUCUGAUGGAUCUGAUGGCGCCAAAGUUCUCAAAGUGGAGAAGAGUGAGAUGAGUCGCCAUGGAGACAAUGGAGACACCACGACCGGAGGGACCCUCAGAUCGUUGGCGCAGGAGUGGGAAGAUUCGGCAUCGAUGCAUUCCAUGCAUUCGAUGCAAUCUGUGGAUGCUCCAGUAGCACCUGUCGUGGCAUCUGCUGCUCCACCUCCUCCAGAGACUCCAGCACCUUUCGCCCCAGACGCUUCGCAUCCAUCGACGCCAAAGAAGACUCGAAUCAGCUUGGACCCUGCGGAGGAUCCUCAACUGCCUGGUGGCGUGGAGGUUCCAGACACGUCCAGUGCGUCUGAUAGCCAGACGGAAACAAAGGACAGCGAUCAGGAGAUGUCACGGAGGAAGUCCACAGCAACCAGGUAUUCGUAUGUUAAAGACAUGCAGAUCCAGGAGCAUGACGAUCGCGAGGAUAAUGCGACAUUUUUUCUCAUGUUGGAUGUCGUUCCUGCUAUUGUGAUCAUGCUGAGUGCAGUUGUGGCUGGUGUCAGCGCAGACAAUGACCCAAACAACACCGGCUGGAAAGUCCUUGAGAUUCUAUUCACUGUCUUCUUUAUUGGAGAAGUCAUUGUGAAGUUGCGAGUCUUUGGCUGGAAAGAAUAUCUAUGGGGGCCGGAGUGGUAUUGGAGUUGGUUUGAUAUUCUCUGCAUCAUUUUGGCCGUGGUCUAUAUGGGAAUUACUUACACGGCCGAUCAAGAAGCUCCAGGUAGCAGUGCGCUGGGUUCCAUGAAGACUUUGAAGCUCGCGAGAUUGGGCCGAAUCGUCCGCUUGUUGAAAUUCAAGAUUUUCACGGAGCUGAAGUUGAUGAUCCAAGGGGUCUUCACUGGGCUUCGUGUGCUUUUUUGGGCCAUUGUCCUUUUGGUGACCUGCAUGUACUUGAUGGGUGUAGUGGCAGUGACCGUUUUCUCUGAUCAAGAAGGCAUGACGGAAUUUGCAUCAGUCUCUGCUGCUAUGUUCACAGCAUUCCGCUGCUUCACGGAUGGAUGCGCAGCUACAGAUGGGACGCCCUUGCAGGAGACUUUGCGUCAGAGAUAUGGUUUCCCUUUCAUGAUGAUCUACAUCCUGCUGUUUCUCUUUGUGACAAUUGGGAUUUUCAAUCUCAUCAUGGCGGUUUUCAUCGACAACGUCACUGACGGGUGCACAAAGAAGAGGCAACGGGAGCUUGGUCACAAUGCGCCGAAGAAUGCUUGGCGCAUUGCCGCGACCUUGCGGGGUAUCAUUCUGCAAAAAGUUCUUCGCAAAGAGGCCGAAGACGAGGCCAUGAAAGAAGCUAUGCAUGGGCCACCUGGGACUGCGCGAAGAGUCUCCAAGAUCUUCAGGGAGAAGUGGGAGGAACUUCGAGGAAUGUAUGGCAAACCGCACUCGACUUACGAGUACGCCGAGCUGACAGAUCGAAUCCGUGAAGAUAUGGCGGAAUAUGAUGUGGUCGUGACCCGGGAUGAGUUCAAUCACUGGCUGGCCAGCCACGAUGGUUUGCUGGAUACAUUGGAAGAUGCCGAGAUUGAUUUGUCCUGCAAGUCGGAUUUGUUUGAUGUUCUUGAUGCUGACAUGAGCGGAGAGCUCGAGUUUGAGGAGAUGAUCGAUGGCUUGUUGAAAUGCCGCGGACCUGCGUCCAAAACCGACAUCAUCGCAAUCAGGCUUAAGGCCCGCUUGAUGGUGCGGAUGAUGACUGCAAUUUGCUCAAAGCUUGGAAUAAAAGAUGUGUAAAGCGAUGCCGAUGGAGAACGAUCCGGAUGCCAGGGUGUUUCAACCUUGACACAUGUAAUUUCCUGGAUCCUUGUGGUCUUGGAUUUUCAGUGAAAGAGACUCAGAAAUUUGUUGCCCCUGCCAAGCAGAUGGCACGCUCAGGAUUUGCACGCGAUGAUUUUCCACACAUGUACAGACGCGAUAAGGACAUCGUCAAAACAA